CUGUGUUUGAGAGAGAGAGAGAGGCGAAAUCCAACUGCAACUGCUGAUGACGAAUAUCAAUCAGCAGCACCCACGCGCCGCCGCUGUUAAUUAACUUCUUUCUCUGUCUUCCCAUGGCGGAGGUUGAAUUCGAGUCCGUGUUGGAAUUCCUGAGGAAAAAUGGAUUACCAGAGUGCGAAUCAGCUCUAAUGGAAGAUGUCAGGGAUAUAUCUCAACUUGGCUCUUCUGAAUUGGAGAAGUUCUUAUUUCCCAUGGUGCCGCCUCCGCCGCUGCUCAGAAUUCCGUCGACUCGGCGGCUUCCCCUUCCGCCGGAUCUUUCCGAUGAUGAGUUUGUGAGUUUGGGUUCUUCUACCACUGAAUUAUGUUCUUCUGAAUUUAUAAACCCUUAUGGAGUUCGUACGACUAGACCGACUUCUGAAGCUUCGUCAGAGAGAUUAUCUCAGUUUGGCACAGCUAGAGAUUACCCUGAUUUCGAUAUGCAAAACGACCUCUUCUGGUACAAGGAAAAAGACGAAGACUACCCUAUGCCGCCCCUCUUUCUUGGUAGAGAUUUCUACGGUGAAGAAAGUGAUGAUAAGUAUGUAUUAAUGGCUGAUCGAACAGGCGAACGCUUAGAUGAUCAACUCCCUCUUAGUUUUAUAUCUGAUGAUAAAAGCAUCGAGCGCGUACAUACUCAAACUCAAUGCAAAAGGGAGGAUUCGAUAGAUAAUGAGAAUGACAAGUAUGACUUUAAUGUGUACAAUGAAGCAAUUGCGGCAGAAACCCAUGUGGCGAAUGACGAGGCCGGUGAUGAUCUUGUGAUACACGAUGCUAAAGAAGAUGAUUGUGAGACUUUCAAUCUGAGAAUUAUACACCGAAAAAACAGGACAGGGUUUGAGGAGAACAAGGAAUUUCCUAUUGUAAUAAAUGGUAUUAUAGCGGGUAGAUAUUAUGUAACAGAGUUCCUUGGAUCUGCUGCGUUCAGCAAAGUUGUACAGGCGCACGAUCUUUACUCGGGAAUUGAUGUUUGCUUAAAGAUAAUUAAAAACGACAAGGACUUCUUCGAUCAGAGUUUAGACGAGAUCAAACUUUUAAAGUUUGUUAACAAGAAUGACCCUGCUGAUGAGCAUCACAUUUUACGUCUUUAUGAUUACUUUUACUACCAGGAGCACCUGUUUAUCGUUACUGAACUUCUGAGAGCAAACUUGUAUGAGUUUCAGAAAUUCAACAGGGAAUCGGGUGGGGAGCCAUAUUUUACAUUGCACAAGCUGCAGGUGAUAACUCGACAGUGUCUGGAGGCAUUAUCGUAUCUGCAUGAUUUGGGAAUCAUCCACUGUGAUUUAAAGCCUGAAAAUAUUCUGAUCAAAAGCUACAAACGAUGCAAGAUUAAAAUUAUCGAUCUUGGAAGCAGUUGCUUUCAGACAGACCAUUUGUCACUUUAUGUGCAGUCUCGUUCUUACAGGGCACCUGAGGUUAUGUUAGGCCUUCCUUAUGGCCAGAAGAUCGACCUUUGGUCUUUGGGGUGCAUUUUAGCAGAGUUGUGCUCCGGGGAGGUACUUUUCCCGAAUGAAGGUGUGGUAAUGCUGCUUGCACGUAUGAUAGGAACAAUUGGUCCGAUCGACAUGGAAAUGCUGCAUAAGGGCGAGGAGGUGCACAAGUAUUUUACGAAAGAAUAUGAUCUUUAUUAUUUAAAUGAGGAUACAAAACAGGUUGAGUACAUUGUUCCCGAGGAGUCAUCUCUGGAAAACCACCUUCAGAUUUGUGAUUAUGGUUUCGUCGAGUUCUUGAAAUUCUUGCUUGAGAUAAAUCCGAAGAGAAGGCCUACAGCGAGAGAGGCACUAGAGCACCCUUGGCUUUCCCAUUCGUAUAUAUGAGGUUGCUGAGUGAAGAAUGUAUAUCUGUAAAGCCAAAAUGUCUUUGUUGAUUCUGUUGUAGGGUAUAAAUCUGGUACAUGUUGUAUAUAGAUGAUUUUUUGUUCCUUUUUUUUAAAUGGGAAUACAGGUUCUAAGAAUUGAAGAUGACAGACACUCGAGUGUAAGUAUAUUUUUUUGGAAAAAUAAAUUUGAAAAAGUAAAUUUUUUUUUGUCAG